AUGACGUCACAAGAUCCAUCGUUAGAAAACAACAAUGAUAUGGAAUGGAGAUCUAUUACACAACGGAGAAAAUUCCUGCAAAGUUCGUCGGCAGCUAUAUUAGCAACAACAACUGCUGCUUCCACUUUUCUCCCAUCUCCCUCUCAUGCCGCCGCACCUCAAGAUGCCGGAGAAGCCAUUCGACGAUCGGCAGCUAAGAUUCCCGGCUAUGGUCCCACCGACGUCUUUUUUUCGGACGCCGUUCAAGGAAGUUGGAAGGCGACUCGACAAGUGGAAUUCCCCGGUCGGUCCGAACCUUUGACACUCCAAUAUCCAUUUCGAUUUGUCCAAUCCAUUGAAAACAAUGCCGUCGUGGCCGAUCGGGGAAUCAAUCAAGCCGAGUUGGAAAAGGCACUGGUCGAAGCAGUAUCAAAGAGUAAUGGUGGUAAUGCCGUCCGACCAUCCUAUGACUGGACCAUGACCAACCCCAAUGAUUUGCGCCUGAUAUUAGCAGACGGAUCCAAAAAGGAAAUCAAAGUGACCAAACGGGCCACGGAAAAUACGGAAAACACGGUUACUUCGUCCGAGUUUCAACGCAUUACACUCGAAGAGAGUAGUGAUGAAAAAGGUUUCAGUGUGCCUUCCGUUUCGGCUCGCAGGGUCUUGACCAAGUGGAAGAUUCUUCUGGAUGAGAAUAAUUCGACUACGAUUGAAGCUUUGGAAGUAGUGUACAAUGUGCCGACGGGAGGGGAUCCAAUGGCGGCAGGUUCCUCCAAUGCCCAACCGUCCGUACUGUCCAAGUCACGGAUACUACUCACGCGCUAG